CUUGUGCCGCAGCGUCUGUGCAGCAGUGUUGAAGCGGCAGGAUGUAGAGUGCUAUUGGAAUUUUCAGUGGAGUCCGGGGAGGGUCAGCUUUGCAAGACAGUUUAUAAAGAGGUAGAGAUAGGAGGAGUUCAGUACCUGACUUGGGCUGUUCUGAAGUGCUGCACAGCAAGGAAGAUCAUUUUCACGCGUUAUGAAGUCGGAGAACGAUCCUGAAGAUGAAGAAAAUAUCCUUAGAGAUCCCAGCUAAGUGUAGCACAGCAUGAAGAUUGCAGAGCAGGGUUUGAUGAGACGACUCACUUGUUAGAAGUGUGUCCCAGGCUUGCUUUGUGAGCUACAGAGAUUUGUAACUUAAUGCGAAUAGUUUGCUGUUAGCAACAAGAAACUAAAUCCUGUCUAUGAUGAACUGUUGGUUUUCUUGUGCUCCUAUGAACGGACAUGCAACCGAUUGGAACAAAUAUGAUGACCGGUUGAUGAAAGCAGCAGAAAGGGGAGAUGCAGAAAAAGUGUCCUCCAUACUUGCUAAAAAGGGGGUCAAUCCAGGCAAACUAGAUGUAGAAGGCAGAUCUGCCUUCCAUGUUGUGGCUUCAAAGGGGAACCUUGAGUGUUUGAACGCCAUCCUUUUACAUGGAGUUGAUAUUACAUCCUGUGACACUGCAGGGAGAAAUGCACUUCACCUGGCUGCAAAGUAUGGACAUGCAUUGUGCCUGCAGAAACUUCUACAGUACAAUUGUCCCACUGAACAUACAGACCUGCAGGGAAGAACUGCACUCCACGAUGCAGCUAUGGCAGACUGUCCUUCAAGCAUACAGCUGCUUUGUGACCAUGGGGCCUCAGUGAAUGCCAAAGAUGUAGAUGGACGGACACCACUUGUUCUGGCUACUCAGAUGUGUCGGCCAAAUAUAUGUCAGAUGCUAAUAGACCGAGGAUCGGAUAUUAAUUCCAGAGACAAGCAGAAUAGGACUGCUCUCAUGCUGGGUUGUGAGUAUGGCUGCAAAGACGCAGUGGAAGUCUUACUUAAAAAUGGCGCUGAUAUAAGCUUGCUGGAUGCCCUUGGCAAUGAUAGUUCUUACUAUGCAAGAAUUGGUGACAAUCUGGACAUUCUAACCUUACUGAAGACUGCAUCAGAAAAUGUUAACAAAGGGAGAGAACUUUGGAAGAAAGGACCUUCUCUACCACAGCGAAAUUUGACAUACAUGCUGGAUGAACUGCAUAUGAAGUCAAAUCAGAGGGAACAUCACAGCGUUCAGGAUCUGGAGAUUGAAAAUGAGGAGUUGAGAGACAGGUUGAGGAAAAUUCAGCAAGAACAGAGAAUAUUAUUGGAUAAAGUCAAUGGUUUACAACUACAGCUGAAUGAGGAAGUUAUGGUUGCUGAUGAUCUGGAAAGUGAGAAAGAAAAACUGAAGUCCCUUUUGGUAGCUAAAGAAAAGCAACAUGAAGAAAGCUUAAGAACUAUUGAAGCUCUGAAAAAUAGAUCUAAAUAUUUUGAGAGUGAUCAUUUAGGAUCAGGAAAUCACUUCAGUAACAGAAAAGAAGAUCUGCUUCUUAAACAAGGUCAAAUGUACACUAAAGAUUCACAGUGUAUUUCCCCAGGUAUGACAGCCCAUAUGCAAAGCAGAUCUAUGUUGAGGCCACUGGAACUGUCCUUACCCAAUCAAACCUCAUAUUCUGAAAAUGAAAUUUUAAAGAAGGAGAUAGAAACACUGAGGCAUUUCUGUGACUCAGCAAAACAGGAUCGGCUCAAGCUCCAGAAUGAACUUGCUCACAAGGUGGCAGAAUGCAAAGCUUUAGCUUUAGAAUGUGAAAGAGUCAAGGAGGAUUCAGAUGAACAGAUAAAGCAAUUAGAAGAUGCCUUAAAAGAUGUACAGAAGAGGAUGUAUGAGUCGGAAGGUAAAGUGAAACAAAUGCAGACGCAUUUCCUUGCCCUGAAGGAGCACCUGACCAAUGAAGCCGCCAUGGGGAGCCACAGACACACAGAGGAACUCAAGGACCAGCUGAAAGACAUGAAAGCCAAAUAUGAAGGUGCCUCAGCAGAGGUGGGAAAAUUAAGAAACCAAAUCAAGCAAAGUGAGAUGUUAGUCGAAGAGUUUAAGAGGGAUGAAGGCAAGCUGAAAGAAGAAAAUAAGCGAUUGCAGAAGGAAUUUAGCAUGUAUGAAAUGGAGUGUGAGAAAAGGGGGAGAAAGGCCACAGAGAUGGAAAGCCAGGUAAAAGAUUUGUUAGCAAAGUUGGCCCUUGCUGUUCCAACAGAAAAGUUUGAAAACAUGAAGAGGUUAUUAUCUGGUGAGAUAAACGAGAAAGCCAAAAAAAUAGUGGAGCUCGAAAGAGAAUAUGAAAAAUCACUUAGUGAAAUCAGUCAGGUAAAGAAAGAACUGGAAAACUGUAAGGGUAAGCUUGCUCAGCAUGUGAAACCUGAGGACCACGAGCAGCUCAAGAAUAGGUUAGAGCAAAAGUUAGGUGAACAGGGGAAGAAGAUCACCGAGUUAACAUCAAGAAAUCAGACACUACAAAAAGAAAUUGAGAAGGUUUAUGUAGAUAAUAAAGUCCUCAGCCAACAAAUACAUACUGUAACAACUGAGAUGAAAAACCACUAUGUUCCUUUAAAAGUAAGUGAAGAAAUGAAAAAGUCGCAUGGUGUAGUUGUUGAUGAUCUGAAUAAAAAGCUUUUGGAUAUAACGCAAAAGUACACAGAAAAGAAAUUGGAAGUGGAAAAAUUGCUGAUGGAAAACGACAGUUUAAGUAAAAAUGUUAGUAACCUGGAAAGUAUGUUGGUGCCUCCUGAGAAACAUGAAGAAGUCACCGCUCUGAAAUCCAACAUCACCGAACUAAAUAAACAGCUCUCUGAGCUUACUAAAAAAUGUGGUGAAGACCAAGAGAAAAUCCAUUCACUCAACUCUGAAAACACUAACUUGAAAAAGACUAUGAGUCUCCAGUAUGUGCCGGUUAAAGCCCAUGAAGAGGUUAAAAGGGCACUGAGCCUCACAUUAGAUAAAACUAACAGAGAACUACUGGAGGCGAAGAAAAAACUGGAAGAUGUAAAUCAAGAAUUUGUAAAGGUAAAAGGUGAAAAUGAAAUAUUAAAAAGAAAUCUGGAAAAUGUUCAAAACCAAAUCAAAGCUGAGUACCUCAGCCUAAAAGAACAUGAAGAAAAGAUGAGUACUGUGAGUCAGAACAUGAAAAAGAUGCAGGAUGAUAGUGCUGAAGUACUGGCUAAGUACAAGAAAGGCCAAGAAGAGAUUGUGACUCUGCAUGCUGAAAUUGAAGCCCAGAAAAAGGAACUUGACACAAUACAAGAAUGCAUUAAGCUAAAGUAUGCACCAAUUGUCAGCUUUGAAGAGUGUGAGCGAAAAUUUAAAGCAUCAGAGAAAGAACUAAAAGAACAGUUAUCAGAGCAGACACGUAAGUAUAAUGUCAGGGAAGAAGAGACCAAGAAGUGCAAGCAAGAGAAUGACAAGUUAAGGGAAGAGAUUUUCACUCUUCAGAAGGACUUAAAGGAUAAGAAUGUUCUCGUUGAGAAUUCUCACGAAAUGGAAAGAGCAUUAAACAGAAAAAUAGAAGAGCUAAACGGACAGUUAAAAGACCUGUUACAGAAAUACACAGAGGUAAGGAAUGAGAAGGAGAAGCUGCUAGAGGAAAAUGCCAAGCAGACUUCUGAGAUCCUUGCUGCACAAACACUUAUGCAGAAACAGCACGUACCAUUAGAACAGGUUGAGGCCCUAAAAAAGUCUCUUAAUGACACAAUUGAGAAUCUAAAGGAAGAACUGAAGAAUAAACAAAGGUGUUAUGAGAAGGAGCAGCAGACAGCAAUCAAACUGCAGCAAAUGCUGGAGAAUCAGAAGAACUCUUCUGUGCCCCUGGCAGAGCACCUGCAGAUUAAGGAAGCAUUUGAGAAAGAAGUCGGAAUCAUAAAAGCUCGUCUGAGAGAAAAAGAAGUGGAAAGUCAAAAUAAAACGGAAGAAGUCUCCAAACUCCAGUCUGAGGUUCAGAAUACUAAACAAGCGUUAAAAAAUUUGGAGACCAGAGAGGCAGUUGAUUUGUCUAAAUACAAAGCAACGAAAAGUGAGUUGGAGACACAGAUUUCCAGCUUAAAUGAAAAAUUAGCCAAUCUGAAUAGGAAAUAUGAAAAAGUAUGUGAGGAGGUUUUGCAGGCCCAAAUGAAGGGACUGGGUACAAAAGAUGAGAAAGAAUUGCUUCAUUUCAACAUUGAGCAAGAAAUCCAGGAUCAGCAGGAGCGGUGCAACAAGUCUUUAUCCACAAUCACAGAGCUGCAGAGAAGGAUACAGGAAUCUGCUAACCAGAUUGAAGCAAAAGAUAAUAAGAUAACUGAACUGCUUAAUGAUGUGGAAAGGCUGAAACAGGCACUCAAUGGCCUCUCACAGCUCACCUAUGGGAGCGGGAGUCCCAGCAAGAGACAGAGCCAGCUGAUUGCCACCCUGCAGCACCAGCUGCAGUCCCUCCACCAGCAGCUGGCUGAUGCUGACAGACAACACCAAGAAGUAAUUGCAAUUUAUCGGACACACCUUCUUAGUGCUGCACAGGGCCACAUGGACGAGGACGUGCAGGCGGCCUUGCUCCAGAUCAUACAGAUGCGGCAGGGGCUGGUGUGUUAGCGGCGGCCCUCCCGGCGGCGCCGGCCUCCCUCCCUGACGGUGCCGGCCUCCCUCCCUGACGGUGCCGAGGGUUCUGUGUGCUCCACGGCCUACUGUGCUGCUAUAAAUGAAAUAAAAUGCGUUUUGCCCAAUCAGUAGUUUUUUACGUUAGUUGAGUAUAUUGAGUGUUUCAGUAGCCGUUCAAAUCUCAUAUUCUACAUGUGCUGAAUUUGCAGGUAGGCAAAAAGACAGCAUCUGAACCACCGAGUCCCUGAUAAAACAAGCCAUCUGACCGAGCCAUUUGGAGAGGGUUAGGUUGCACCAUUUUGCAGACAUUUCUUUGAGUGAAAUUAAUUUGGUCGGUGGCCACUUUUAAGUGGAUCAGAAGAUCUUUCAGAUCUUCCCUCCAGCAUUGAAAUCUAAUGUGAUUUCAAGGAAUGUACUGAACUUGGCUGGCCAAGUGGCAUUCUUAUUGAAGUAACUUAGUGUCUUUGACUUCUUUUGGAGGUACAGAUCUUUUUCUUCUUAUGCUAGUAACUUUUGUGCCUUUUAAAAUUAUUUCUUUUCCUAAAUGGUUUGCAGUGCUACAUUACAUUUAGGGGCAGGCAGGGGUGGGAUACGUCAGGAACUGUAAUAUGAAUGUUGCCUUCUACUUUCCACCACAUUAUCUGAAUUUUCACUUGUGGAGACUUUCUUGCCUCAGUGUUAGCGAUCCAUGAUAAAUGGUAUAUGAGAUUUUUCAAAGUGUCAAAAUUUUACACUCUUUCUUAGCGAUUACUCUGACAUUUGCUACUAUAGUAACAAGCACUCAUUAUACACGCAUUCUCCAAAUGUUUCAUACUUAUUUAUAGGAAAAUUGUACUAACGAGAUUAAUAAUGUGAAAUGCCAUUUUCUUACACAGUUAUCAUUUGAGAGUUGAUUUUACAAAACAUCUCUAGGUUUUUAGACAAAAGUGCAAUAAUAUAGUAAUCUGUAAGAAUAUAGAUAGCAAAACAUAAUAACAUUGGACAUGUUUAGAGUAAAUACUCCAGUGUAAUCAACCAUUUGUAUUAACUACAACUCAUUAAGGAAAGUAUGUUUUGUUAAUUUUAUUAAUACCUUGUUUACUCUCCAGACUGAAAAUUAUGAAUUUGUUGGCUAGCAUAUCAAUUGAACAAUUGAGUCAUUUAAGCCAACUUUAUUUUUAAAUUACAAAAUAUGCCUUAAUAUUAAUCUUCGAAUAUCAUGAACCAGAUUUUUGAUCUCAUUUUUGUAAUAACAAGGUCAAAAGGUCUUUAAAAACAGCUCCUCACACCAAGGAAUAAGAUGUCUCAUAUAUAUAUAUAAAUUUUAUUUUUCAGUGUAAUAACAACAGUGAAAAGUCACAUUGGAUUAUUUUUCAUUCUUAGGUGGAUAUACACAGCCCACAUAAGCAAUAUUUUGAUACUUUAAUAUAUAUAUUUAAUGUCCUACAGCCUGAGUUCUGAUUCAUUGAAACUGGAGUCGAACAGAGUUCUGAACUGAAUAUUCACAUUUCAGUGUUGAAUUUCCCUUAGUUUGAGUGGGAAGGGAACUUUAUGUGUACUUUAUUUUUUGUCCUCAGCCAUCAAUAAAAUACUGAUUUUUAUGGAG